AUGGAAGACGGUGAGCUAGAUGUCGAGGCCAUUGCUGCAGUUAUGGGCCACUUCGGGAACAUGUUCUCCAACGCUAGGACGUCCCCUCCUUGCCCGGUUCGAGAAGCUCUUCGGAGUGGCGACAGAGACAAUGUACUCAAACUUAUCAAGGAAGGAACGGAUCCGUUCGCGUAUCCUACGUCCUUCUUCGGGUUGGGUGAAGAAAGCACAGUAUUCCACGAAGCGUCUUCUCGGGGGGACGUUGAAAUGAUGCUGGCGAUGGCUGCUGAACCAGAGACAGAGUGGAAGGGACGAUUCCUGCUCAGCGUUCAACAGGUCGUAGAUUCGCCCAGUAAAGGACGUUCGUGUAUUCCUACCGCAACUGGAUCAUCCGGCAAUUUCUUCAUGUUUGGACAAGGCUUGUCGUUCGAAGGGCUUGAGAUCCUCAUGACGUACGGAUACUGUCUAAAACGACGUGAUUUUGAAGGUAUCUGUGGGUUGUGGGCACGGGACCCACCCAAGUACUUGCGGAUGCUCAAGCUUUGCCUCGCAACAACGAAACGAGAGAAGCUGAACCUGAACUCGUGUUUGGGACUUGCAAUUGGUGGUGCGCACGGUUGCUUCAUAAACGGAAGACAGCCAAGCUCCCUUGAGCUAGCAGAAAUCUUGCUCAAGGCAGGCGCGGAUCCCGAUGGGUAUUGCUUUCAAGGCAAUACGCCAUACGACUUCACUCCAGCGCUGUUCCAAGCACUUGUUAACGGAGAUAGUGACAUGGCUACUCUUCUCAUAUCGUAUGGAGCAGAUGUAUCUAAGGACGCUCAAAUGAGUGAGUGGACCGACGACGAUGAGCUCGAUGUGGAACAUGUUUCAAUUCAGGCAAAAGCGGAGGAAGUUGGAAUGGCAGACAUUUUGUGCAAUACCGAGGCUCCGAGAACAGCAGACCCUGAAGCAUUUUUCAAAGAACUACGACACGAAAUGAGUGGACCUCUAAAGCUAGCCGUGGCGGAACACAGUGCCAUUCUAGUAGCGACGAUGAUGCGGUGCACUGGCUGUUCUGCACCCGUGGGGUUCUUCUCAAAGUUGAUUGUGGAAUACUGUCCUCUUGGAUUUGAUCUUUGGAAGGUUGAAAUUGAAUAA